AUGGCGUUUGCUGCAAAGUUGGGUUCUCUCACUGGAGAGCUCGUUGAGGCGGUGACUGGUUCAUCAGCUCAGACAAACCCUCGAUACAAGAACCUGUACAACUCCAGCUUGCAAAGACUAAAAUCGCACCCAUAUCUACGGACAAAUCAAUUCGAAGUCGAGCACCAACUUGAUGGACUAGAGGAGCGAUUCCGUGUCAAUGGCCGAGAGGCCCUCGCUGAUGCCCUCGCCGAACGUCGCGGGCAACUUCUCGAAAUACCUGAUAAAUUCCACCCCGAGAUACUAUACUUGAUAUUGGAGCUCUCAGAUCAACCAACCUAUUAUGCAAAAUUGAGCGAUCUAGAUGCACUCAAGACCGGACCUAAAGACUCGGAGCUUGAGCUGCGCUGGGAGGAUAUCGCAAAAGAAGAUGGAUGGGAGGAUAAUGACGACGACGCUGCGAUAUGGAAGACGAUAAAGUACAGCGAUAGUUCAGAUGACGAGCUUUACAAAGAGGGAUCUAAGAGUGAAUCAGAGGCUAGCACCGACCCAUCUGAAGUACCAGCACUUGGACGAACAGCCGAAGAUCUUAUUAUCCAUCCUGAGGAUUACGGACAGCUCAACGAAAUUCGAGCGGCGCAAGAAUGGCGGAUUGAAAAGCCCACAGAUGCAUCGGGUCAUGCCCAGAAAGUACCGGUCACAGAGUUCCACAUUGUACGAGAAGUCUUGUUCAUGUUACAAGGAUGGAAAACGACUCUUUUCGGGCCCAACGGGGUCGUUGAUCCUGCAUUUCAAAUAGCCCAUCUAAAAUGGGACACUCAUAGAGCUCUGAUGAGCUACUUCUCUGAGGCAGGGCGUCAACUGGCCAUUCUGCGCAGCUUCGUCGAUAAACCGCAGCGAGCUUCACACCUUCAAGUGUUCCAGGAUACUGUGGCUAAACGACUUGCCGAUUUUGAAAAGAAAGCUACAGGAAUAGAGUCACGGCUUGUUGCGCCUGAGAACAAUGUGGUUGUGAGCUUGUUGUCGGUCAAGGGGGAACUGGCUACCUCGCUUGAACCGUUGUACUCACUUUCCAAUAUUAUCGCUCAAGUACAGAACAUUCCGAACCAAGGCACCUUCCGGUACCUUGAAUUUUUGUUUGACGAUGCUAGCAUGGCUCAACUAUCUGGCAAGCUGGACAUUUAUGAAUUUCUGGCACGCAUUUUUGUCGAAUGCUUCAACGUUUACCUUCGACCCAUUCGCUUGUGGAUGGAGGAGGGCAAGCUUAUCCCCGGCGACAAGAUAUUUUUUGUUUCAGAAGCACCGAGUCAAGUAUCUCCCAGCAAGAUUUGGCGCGAACAGUUCAGGCUUCGUCGAACGACUGAUGGGAGGUUACAUGCUCCCAACUUCCUUCAGCCAGCAGCUGCCAAGAUUUUCAAUGCUGGCAAGAACAUCGUCGUUCUCAAACGGCUAGGUCGUUGGGUCUCUUCGGGCUCGGAGUGGGCGGUUCAGGAACCUCCGCUCAACUAUGAGUCUCUCUGUCCCAAGGGACUAGAGCUUGCCCCCUUUUCAGAGCUCUUUGGUACUGCGUUUGAUGGAUGGUUGCAGACUAAGUACAACACCACCUCAACCACGCUAAGAAAUACUCUUUUUGAAGAAUGCGGGCUCUGGUCUGCCCUUGAGGCUAUGGAGCGUCUAUAUUUCAUGUCUGAUGGAGCCGCAACGGAAGCCUGGACCAGCAGCCUUUUUGGAAAGCUGGAUACGCUGGAUCCUAACUGGCAUAACCGCUACACUCUUACUAGUGUGGCACAAGAAGCAUUCACUUCCCUUGUUGAUAUGACAAGAGUUUCCAUAUUCAUCAAGCCUACAGGGCUACGGAUACCGGUUCUCGCAGCGCGGGAUUCUGUCAAGGUGGCUUUGCCAAGCACAAGAGUCAACUAUCGGUUGGCCUGGCCGAUCCGCAUGAUUAUAUCCGAAGACAGCAAUGCGACAUACGAUACCAUCUUCGUACUGCUACUACAGCUGAAAAGAGCCUUGUACAUCCUACGCAAACGCAAGAUUCUCGAUAAUGACUGGGCCGAUAACGAAAAUUGGGAUGAACGGGCAUUAUACUAUUCGUUGCGAAACAACCUUCUCUGGUUUUGCACCACACUCCAAACUUAUUUUGCUACGCUGGUACUGUCCCCCAAUUGCGCUAAGAUGAGGCAGAACAUGCACGAAGCGCACGAUGUGGAUGCCAUGAUCUCCGUUCAUGCUGCGUUCUUAAAACAUGUCGUUGAAGAGGCAUGCCUUGGGAGCAGACUAACCCCCAUAAGAGAGUGUUUCCUCGACAUGCUUGAUUUAGCUAUCAGACUCGAACAAGCACAAACAGUCAACGUAACAAAAGAGGCAGAGCGCAUACAACAUGUCUCUCGUCUCUCAACCAGGAAUCUCUCACCCACCCCCGGAACGCCUGGGCUGAAAUCGAGAUACGUUGUCGAUAGUAGUGAUGAAGAGGAUGAGGCCAUGUAUGAGUCGAAAACAUUGAAGAUGGGGAAGCCGUUUAUGACUGUACUGAAGGAUAUCAAGUCCGAUUUUGAUAGACAUCUGCGGUUUGUAUGUGGCGGUUUACGCAGUGUAGCCAGAGCUACGAGUGAUGUACAAUCAGCAAAAUGGGAUAUUCUAGCUGAGAUGUUACAGACAGGCUGCCGAGACAAGAACGCAGGGCUUGCUUGA